AGGAUGGCAUUCCCUGUGGAUUUACUGAAUAAUUGCAGUCAUGAGGAAUUGGAAAAUGCUGCUGAAGAUUACAUGUCAGAUUUAAGGUGUGGGGACCCUGAAAAUCCAGAGUAUUUUUCUUUUCUCAAUAUUACGAUACCUAUUAGCCUGUCAAACGUAGGCUUUGUACCUCUUUAUGGUGGAAAUCAGACCCAGAAAAUUCUUGCUCUUUUUGCACCUGAAGAUUCACUCACAGCUGUGGCACUUUACCUUGCUGAUCAGUGGUGGGCUAUUGAUGAUAUUGUGAAAACAUCUGUCCCUUCUAGAGAGGGUCUUAAGCAGGUGAGCACUCUUGGGGAGAGAGUGGUUCUGUAUGUUCUGAAUCGAAUUAUUUAUAGAAAACAGGAAAUGGAGAGAAAUGAGAUCCCAUUCCUGUGUCAUAGCAGUUCUGAUUAUGCUAAGAUUCUGUGGAAGAAAGGAGAGGCCAUUGGGUUUUAUUCAGUUAAGCCUACAGGAAGCAUAUGUGCCUCAUUUCUUACCCAAAGUUACCAACUGCCAGUUCUUGAUACAAUGUUCAUAAGAAAGAAAUUCAGAGGCAAAGAUUUUGGGCUUCAUAUCCUGGAGGACUUCGUAGAUUCCUUCACAGAAGAUGCACUUGGUUUGCGGUAUCCACUGUCUUCUCUCAUGUAUACAGCUUGCAAGCAAUACUUUGAAAAAUAUCCAGGAGACCACGAACUUAUUUGGGAAGUAGAGGGUGUUGGACACUGGUACCAGCGAAUACCAGUCACCAGAGCAUUACAGAGAGAAACACUUAAAAUUACAGUGGGUUCUCAGAAUGAAGCCAAAAGAUUUGUGUCUGGAGAAUAUGGUCUUGCAACUGUUCCAGAGUAUGAAGUGGGAACUGAGGAAAAUCAAUCCAGUGAGAUGCAGCUAACUAUUGAUUCUCUAAAGGAGACCUUUGCARGCACGUCUGAAGGUCAUGAAAAAACACCUGUUUCUACUCGUACUCGAAGCAGUCAUCUAAAGCGGCCAAAGAUUGGAAAGCGGUUUCAGGAUUCUGACUUUAGUGGUUCUCAAGGGGAAGAUGAAAAAACUGCCCAGACCUCACUGACAGCUUCAGUAAAUAAAUUAGAGUCUACUACACGCCCCUCCGAGAGCUCAGAAGAAUUCCUGGAAGAAGAACCUGAGCAGAGAGUGAGUGAAUUUGAGGAUGAAAGUCAUGAUAAAGAUACGCGUCCUGCACCUGAAACCCAGCUACGAAUAGAAAAGCAAGAUGGUGAAAAGGACUCUGAAUUAGAGCCUAUGAAUGGUGAGAUAAUGGAUGAUACUCUUAAGACUUCACUUACAACAGAAGAAGAGGACUCCAUUAGUGAAGGUUUAGAAGAAGAAUUAAAAGCACAGUCUUGUAAUUCCAGUGAAGACACUGUAAAUCUCGUUCCACUGGUUGUAGAAUCCUCAAAACCUCCUGAGGCUGUUGCACCAGAUAAGACUCCACAUAUAACUGAUACAGAAAUGUUGAUAGACCAAGGCCCAUCUGAUGACAAAGGGCACACCGAAGAGAAACUGUCUCCAGUUUCAAGAAAGAAAGCACAUUUUGGAAGUUCAGACAAGGUUGACAGUAUCUCAAAUGAAGACCGAUCUGACAGUGGUUUUCCAAACUCCGUGAUAGCUGAAUUUUCUGAAGAACCGGUAUCUGAGAAUUUAUCACCCAACACUACUUCCUCACUUGAAGAUCAGGGUGAGGAGGGGGUGCCUGAGUCCCAGGAAACAUCUACUGCUCUUUCUCAGAGUUCUUUGAUAGAGGUUGAACUUGAGGAUGUGCCAUUUUCACAGAAUGCAGGACAGAAGAACCAGUCAGAGGAGCAGUCUGAAGCAUCUUCUGAGCAACUGGAUCAGUUUACACAAUCAGCAGAAAAAGCUGUGGAUAGCAGCUCAGAGGAGAUAGAAGUGGAAGUGCCUGUAGUAGAUAGGCGGAAUUUAAGAAGAAAGGCCAAAGGGCAUAAAGGACCUGGUAAGAAGAAAGCCAAGCUGACCUGAAUGAAGAAGAAAUGUGUAUGAUAAAUCCUCUUUGUAACAUAAUUGUUGUUUUUAAAACAGUGAUUAAUAAACAGCAUGGGGCACAGGACAAAAAUUUCUAAAAUUUCAAUUUGAACUGGAAUUUAUGAUGCAGUUUUUCUCUCCCUUUAGGACCUGUGGUUCAACAUUCUUUUUAAUUUUUCAGAAUAUUUUGUGUAAAUAGAAUUUUUUAUUUUUAUUAACCAUAUUUCAAUUUUGGGAAACCAGAUCAUAUUAUAUUUUUCUUUAGCAGGUGGGAUACUUGACCAUAAAUAUUUCAAAAAAUAUAAAUUUAAAAAGUGAAUAGUCGGCUUUCCAUUACUUGUAAGGAUCACAGAAAUCUUUUAUACUAAGGGUUUUAAUAGUAAAACUUGGUGAAGGGUCUAGAAGUUUUAUCUUGGAUAUCAAAACUAAUUCCCAUUUUUUAAAAAGUUGGCACACCUAAACAAAAUGGCAGUAAAUUAGAGUAAGUAAAACCUUAAGUAAAUUACAGCCCAGAAAUAGAAACUUAUGUCACAGGUUUAUCAAGAUAUUUUGGUUCUGUCCUUUUAAUCUUAGUUGGGAUGCAGUUUCUUCCUUUGACUUCAAUGUUUGCAGAAAGCUACAUACAAAUUAUACUUUUGACUCUGAUAGUAAUAGAAUUGCUAGGGAUUUAACUAGCAUGUGGGGAAAUUUUUAAAAUUCCAUUUGAAGUAGUAGUUUGUUGUAAUUUUUGUAUUACCUUUAAUCAGGGAAACAUCCUAACUAUAGAAUUUAGGGAUACAGUUUAAUUUGGGCCAUCUAGUCUUUAUUUUUUAGUUGUAGAUGGACACAAUAUCAUUUUUAUGUGGUGCUGAGGACCGAACCCAGGGCCUCGCACGUGCUAGGUGAGUGCUCUAUCGCUGAGCCAAAACCCCAGCCCCUAUCUAGGCUUAAUCUAAGAUAAAUGACCAAAAACUAUACGUUUGUUCCUACCCAAUUAAUAGCUAUACUUCAGAAGAUCCUUUUCUGAGCUUUAUCCUUAAUUCAGUUACCCUAUUUUUCCAUCAGCUUUCAUCUGGUCCUCUCAUUGUGAUUCUUCAGUCAAAAGAUCUGCCUGCCUGUCAGUUUAUGCCCUUGGUAUCCAUUUUUGUGUAGAAUUGGAAUUGUACCCACAAUCUCAGGCCUAGAUGGCAGAAGAAAAGCUGCCUUGGGAGCUGUAGGUACAAUAGUUUAAAUCAAAUUGAAGGGUUCAGUUGUCCCUUUGGUCUUGCUCACUUUUAGAUUUGUUCUGAGUAUUGGUUGCAAGAUAGCUUCUGUAUGUACUUUGUGGUGCCACAGCAAAGUCAUUUAUUUGCUUAAAAAAAUUUGGAGGGAAAAAAAAUCCCUAAACUUAAGUUUUUGUAUGGCAAUUUGUUUUAAAAUAAACAAAAUAGUUACUCUUAGAAUUGAAAGAGAAUCUCAAAAUAGAUCCCACUCUUUGAAAGUAUUAUGUGAACUUCAAUUUGCACUUUAUGUUGAGAAUGUUUUGAGAUCCUUUCAGUUUGUUCUUGAGAGUUUGUUGAUUCCUGUGUGAAACAUGUUAUGACUUUCUGUCAUGAUUUGAGGUGCUAUGGAUUUAUGUUGAAAGUUUAUUCAGAAUAGUCUUAAUCAGGUGGUCUGAUGAUGUCAUGUCAUUAAAUUUUAUUUUGGAAUAUUGAUAUUUUAGAUCAAUUAGUUAAAUUCUUAAGCAGGCAAAACAGUAAGCCCUUCCUAUUCACAUAAGAUCUUGAACACUUGUGUUCUCUAUUUUCUUUAAUUAUUGGUCAAAGGAAAUUAGAUAAUUUUAUUGUAAGUGAAAAUGAAAGUACUUUGGUCAUUUGUUUUCUCAGCAUAUAAGUGUGACUAAUGCUAGUGAACCUAUCCAAUAUUCAUGCUAUUUUACAGUUUAAGAAACUUGUUAAUAUCAUAAGUAGGAAGGUAACUUAGAUCCUGUUAAGAUCCAGAAAAUUCAUAGUUUCCAUCUUUCAUUUCUUAAAAUAGACUUAAACUUUUAGAUAAUUUACUGAUUUACUAAUUUUUUUUUGCUCAUUGCUGUCUUUACUUUCUUUAAAACUGGUAUAGUUUUAAAAGAAGAUUGUACUCACAACUCUUGGUGUGUGAAGUCUCUUAUUCAUGUAUGAUCACUGGGGACUAACAGUGUAAACUUAACACUUGUUCAAAUCUUUGCUCAGCACAUGAGAAAAUGUUAUUAUAUCUAUGAUAGUUAGAAAAUGUUAUUUUUGGGUUAUAGAUCAUAGAGCAAAAAGUUAGAUCACAUGGAGAAACCUAACUUUUCUUGUUUAGUAAUUUAUGUUGAUAUAUACAGUUUAUAACAAUUUAUCCUGAAUAGAGAUUCUAAAUAAACUUAAUCAGAUACUUGUAGUUUUUGCAACACAUUAGAAAAACUUUCAGAAUUACAGUAGACUGUAAUGUGAUUUCAACCAGCUAGUCUAGUUGUUGAGUGUUCAGUCACAUUCUACAUAGUCCUUUGUGAACUGCUAUUUUCUAUUCAGAUGUCUGCCAAGAAAGGAAUUGACUUUUGUGUAUAUACGUAUAUAUUUCCUUGUGUAAUAUAAAGCAGAUGGUUAUUAGCAAAAUUUUAGUUCUUUCAAGUAUAAAUUCAAUUGCUAGACCUCACAGAAAUUAGUAUAUUUAAAAAUUAACAAAGCUCCUCUACAACUUUUAAAGGUGAGAGGCUCUAUUACGAUUUUUUUAUAAAAUCAAACAGCAUGACUUAAAAUGUGUUUAUAUUCAUGGUGUUUCCAUACAGCUCAGAGAUGGUAAAGAUAACAUCUAGUUAUUAAUGGUUUGCUUUUAGCAGAUUACUGUAUCACUAUUUAAAAUGGUUUUAGUGACUUUAUAAAGUGUCUUGAAGGUUUAUGAUUGAGUCUUUACCUAAUAUCUAAAUUAUCUGCUCUUAUGUUCCACUUUAUCCUUGGGGGUUAUCUUCUAAGGUUAGGUCACACCAGCAAACUGCAAGAUUUUAAUGUAAAUAAAGAAUUUAUACUGACACUACUCAUCUGUGUAACAAUAUUUUAGAAACAAAUUUCUGCCUUGUAUGUCCACUAGUAGCAACAUGGUGUUUCAGGUGUGAUCCAGUCUUUUCACAGGUGAUUUAUUACAAAUGUUAUGCUUGUUUUCAUACUGAGUGUCAAACCUCCUUUUCACAAGAUAAUUUGUUUCUUUAAUUUGGGUCUAAAAAUUGAGCAAAUGUCCUUUCUGUAGUAUUCAGUUAUUACCUAAAGUUAAUUUUUUCCCACUUCUAGAACUUAAUUCACACAUUACCCAUUUUUAUUAGUGGCAAAAUCAUUUGUUAAAUUCUAAUUUAAUAAGGGUUCAGCUUCUGUCAAAUGAUUCUAUUGUACUGAAACAUCAUUUACAUGGAACUAGCCUUCCUUUUCCUAUGUGUUCUAGAACUUCGAUUAUGUUUAUAGAACUUAGGAAAAAUGAAACAUUAUUCAGAAUAGCAAGUCUUACAGAAUACUUGUUUUUUUUUUUAAAGGUUUGAAAAUAGUUAUUAAUAUAUUUUUGUGAUUGUUUUCUGGUCUGUUUUAAAAUUCUUUCACUUUACCCUACUUUCAUUCAUGAAAAUGUGUUUAGAUACUGAAUUUGUUAGAUAUUCAGUUAUUUUGUUAAAGAAAUAAUCACUAUUGGCUGUACUUUGCAGACUUAAAAAUAAAAUAGAAUUUAAAAUGUUGUGGUGAUUAAUGUAGUAUAUAGAUACCCUAAAGCUUAGAGUCAUGACCAUGUAAUUCAAACCACGGAAUUGAAUUAGAACCCUAAAACAUGACCUUUUUAUUUACAUUAACCAAUUAAUUACAAAUAAUUUUCUCUUUAGGGCAUUAAUGAAAACUAAGUGGAAUUAUCCAAAAUUUUUAGUACCAUUCUGAAAGCACAAGUAUAUAUAUAGAAUAUAGAAAAUGCUAACAUAAAAAAGUACAUUAAUUUACUUACUGAACAAGAUCACUGAUGAAAAGAUGUAUCUAAGAGGUCUGAUUUUUUUCUACAUUGUAUAGCCUGCUUUUCUCUUAGAUAUUUUUUCAGUUAUACUGGUGGUUUUUUCAGAAGUGACA